AUGUUUCGAGCAUUUCCAUCCUCGAGCAAUAGGAAUGAUGACGAUUCCGAUUCGGAAGAGGUUCAUCAGCCUCUCUCCAUUGAAGAUUUAUAUGCGUUAGCAAUAGAAAUGAAACAUGAAGGAAAACUGAAAAUGGCAAAACAAUCAUGUCUGGAAGGAAUUCAAAAAUUGCAGGCUAUUACCAUCACCACUACUGCCAUGAUUCAACCAUCUUCCUCUCCCUCACCACCAUCACCAUCAUCAUCACUUUCGAAUCAUUCCUCUUCUUCACUUUUAUUUUCCUUUUAUAAUUUAAUUUCUCAAAUUUGUUUGGAAUUAAAAGAAUACGAAGAUGCAUUGGAUUAUUGUCAACAUGUGUUGGAUUUAGACUCUCUAUUUAUGGAAGCAAGAUAUAGAAUGGGAUUUAUUUUAAUACAAAUGAAAGUAUUUGAUUUAGCAAAGAAUCUAAUUGAAGAAUCAAUAAUGAAAUUGGAGCAUGAUGAUCAAGUCUUUAUGAAAUUCUCAAACUUGUUGGAAAUCAUCGAAAAGAAUGUUAAAAAGAACCAUCAUGAUCACUCACACGAUCACUCACAAUCCUUACAACAACACAACAAGAAAUUACUCGCCAUUCACUUAAUUCGAACCUUCUCUCAAAAUUUCAUUCCAUCAUUGAUUUCAGAAUUUUUAAUGAUGACGACGAAUAAUACUAUUAAUAUGACGAAUAAUACGACGACGUAUUCUACAAUUCCAACAACAACUCAAUUAAUAAUUACCACAAAGAAAGAUCCCAUCAUGUUUCUUCUUUUACCAAAAUCAAUGCAAUCUCACGUCCCACUCACAUCUCCUUAUAUUCUAUUUUAUGAAGAUGAUAAUGUCAUGAUGCCAUGUAAGAAUAUUUAUAAUGAAAUCAUCAAAUCAUCAUCAUUGGAACACAAUGAACAGGCUCAUUGCAUUAUUAUUGCCUCUCCUUCAUCAUCAUUGAAGAGUAUUGAAGAGUUUAGAAAUGAUUUCAAUCUUGUUCACAGUUGUGUUUCUGUGAAUGCUCAUACUUUUUACAAUGACUUGAAAAGUGAUGAAAAUAUCAUACAAGUGAUUGAAGAAAGUAAUGUUGUGAUCUUGGAGAAUAGAACAGAAAGGAUGAUCUGGAUGGAUGAUGAUGAUCAAACAACUUUGGAUGAUGAUAUCAAAACAACACUCCAAGCACUCAAUACCACUGUUACAAUUUUAGAUUCAAAACAAUCCAACACCACCACCAACAACAUUCUUCACCAUCUUUUGCAUUCAAGUAACACUAAAUUUCAUCAUCAUGUUGUGGAUCAUUUGGGUUGGUGGAAGACUCUUUCCAAUCAACAACAUGACGACUCCUCUCAACAACAACAACAUGCUGAUUCUAAAAUUGUAUCAUUUGUAUAUAGCACAAGAAAACCGUUUAGUCUUCCACAAGUUUUACAAAAACUCAAUAACAGUGAUGGAGAAGAAACACAAUUGUUUUGGGAUAUUGUGAUUCGUUCCAAAGGAUUGAUGUGGAUUGAUAGUGAUCACAAUUAUUUAUACGAUUGGUCCACAACAGGUGGAUCCAAAUUGAAAGUUUCAAAGAAAACAUUGUUUUUAGCUGCUUAUCCCUCUGAAACACUCUCUAAAGUGAAUCCUGAAAGACUUGUAGAAAUGAAGAAGAUCAACAAGUGGAUGGAACCAUUUGGUGACAGAAGGCAAGAAAUUGCAUUUAUUUGUAGAAAAACUUUGAAAGUUCCUGAUCCAUGUCAAUUCAUCACCCAAUUUUUAUCUUCCAUGACGAAACGUCCUUCCUGUGAAUAUUUGUAUAGUGAAUAUUAG